UAAAAUCUUAAUGGAAGAGUAAGUGUACAUAUCAGAGGAGGGGAUGAAGCAUAUUUUAUAAGUAUUUGACCCAAAAGAUCCCCAUAAAAACAUUUUAUGGACAACAGAUUAUAAAAUGGAGUUGCCUUUGAGGGUGAGAAAAAGUGGAUCAGGAAGCGAAGUACCAAUAACUCUUGCAGAACAAUUUAAGAUGGAUUGUAGUUAAUUUGGAAAGCAACCAGCAUUAAGUGUGAAGAGAAAUAAUAAAUGGUAAGAUAGUAUAUAGAUAAUUAGGAUAACAAGGACUUAUUAAGAUUAUUAUAAUGAAUCAAUUUAAUUUGCAAAGGCAUUAAUAGCUUUUGGAAUAAGCGAGAUGAGUGCUGUGAAUAUAAUAGGUUUUAAUUCUCCAGAAUGGUUUAUUUCUUUCAUGGGUAGCAUUCAUAGUCACAACUUACCAGUUGGUAUUUAUACAACGUAAAGAAUUAAUAAAAUAUAAUUAUAGUAAUAAUCCUGAAGCUUGUUUAUAUGUUUCAGAGCAUUCUGAAUGUGAAUUAGUAGUAGUAGAUACAAGAGAAUAGUUGAAUAAAUAUUUAUAAAUAUGGGAUAAAUUGCCAAAACUAAAAGGAAUCGUAAUGUACAAUGAUGAGAUACCAAAAGAUGGAAUUAAUGAAUAAAGAAGAUCAUAGAUAUUUAAAUGGUAAGAUUUUUUAGAAUUUGGAAAGAAACAAGAAUUACUUAAUGAAGUAAUUGAAAGAGUUUAGAAAUUACGUCCUGGAAAUUGUGUUACUUUAAUUUAUACAUCAGGAACAACUGGAAAUCCUAAGGGAGUGAUGUUAUCUCAUGAUAAUUAUAUCUUUACAGUAACUUAAUAGAGAAAGAAAUAUUAAUUUUUAGAUACAGAAGGAAUGAGAAUAGUAAGUUAUCUCCCAUUAAGUCAUGUUGCUGCAUAAUUAAUAGAUAUUAUUGGAAGUUGUCGUUGGGGAGCACAUAUAUACUUUGCUAAUCCUGAUGCUUUAGCUGGUUCACUUAUUACUACUCUUAAAGAAGUUAGACCCACUAUGUUCUUUAGUGUACCUAGAGUAUGGGAAAAGAUUUAUGAUUAAAUGUAAUUGAUUGCUAAAUCUAAUGGAGCAAUCAAAACUAAAAUUGCAACUUGGGCUAAAUCAAUUGGUAAAGAAGGAACUUUUGCUUUGACUCAUGGAUAAAAACCUCCUCUUUGUUUUGGAUUAGCAGAUAAAUUAGUUUAUCAUAAUGUUAAAAAAGCCUUAGGUUUAGAUUAAGCUAAAUAUUUAAUCUUUGGAGCUGCUCCAUUAUCUCCUGUUAUUAGAGAAUAUUUCUUAACAUUAAAUAUGUAUUUAAUCAAUGGAUAUGGUAUGAGUGAAUGUGGAGGAGUGACUACUGUUGCAGAUCCAUUACAUUUUGAUAAAUUUGAUGAUUUCUUUAUGACCAGCACUGGUAAAACUAUGGAAGGAACUGAAUUAAAAAUUGAUUAACCAGAUAAAGAUGGAAAUGGAGAAAUUUGUUAUAGAGGAAGACAUAUCUUUAUGGGAUACUUUAAAGAUGAAGAAUCAACUAGAAAUACUAUUGAUAAAGAUAGAUGGCUACAUUCUGGAGAUGUUGGUAAAUUAGAUAAAAAUGGCAAUCUUACUAUUACUGGAAGAAUUAAAGAAUUAAUUAUUACUGCUGGUGGAGAAAAUGUUGCACCUGUCUUGAUUGAAAAUGAAGUCAAAAAAACUAUUCCUAUCGUUUCUAAUUGUAUGGUUAUUGGAGAUAAAAGAAAAUAUCUUUCAAUUUUAUUGACUUUAAAACAUGAACUCAAACCUGAUGGAACGUAAUUAUUUAAUUUUUAAUUAAUAAUUUAGACCAACAGAAAAAUUACAUGAAGAUGUAAUUUAAGUUUUUAAGGGACUUGGUUCAACUGCUAAGUCUUUAGAAGAAGCAAAAAAAGAUCCCCUGAUAAUUAGCUACAUAUAAAAAUUAAUAGACGAUGCUAAUACAAGGUAAUUAAUUAAAUAUAACAAAAGAGUCAUAUCGAAAGCAUAGUAUCUUAGAAAAUGGGCCCUCAUACCUAGUGAUUUCAGUGUAGAUGGUGGUGAAUUGACUCCAACUCUUAAAUUAAAAAGAAGAGUGGUUGAAUAAAAAUGGAUGAAUGAAAUAGAAAAAAUGUACUAAGAUGCCAAAUUAUGAAUUAUAAAUAAAAUAUCAUAAAAUAUAUGGAAAAACCAAAAAUAAUUGUAGCUGCUAGAAUGACACCAUUAUCAAAAAAAGAAAUUAAGG